AUGCUGAUGGAGCUUCACACAGAAAACCUUGCUUCGUUGAAGCGCAUGUUGGAUCUGAUACCGGGACUCGAAGAUGUCCAGCUAUACAACCAGGGUGGCCACCACCCCUUUCAUCUGGAUGAGGUCCACAACGGCCGAUUUGAAGUCGUCCACAAGCUGGCCAACGAGCCGGACGGCCUAGUCUGGUUCUGCCGGGUCAACACCGAGUUCACAUGGAAGGCCGUCAAGAUCAUGACGGCCGCCCAUUCGGCAAACACGGAGCCGAGUGUUCUAAUGCAGGCCUACCUCCGUGUCCGCGCCACCCAGCCGCAAUUGGAGGCUGCCAACAUCUUGGUACCGCACGAGGAGUUCUUCCUCGACGGUCCUAAUGGUCGUCACCGCUGUCUCGUCACGCCCGUUCUAGGCAACACGCUCAGACAAUGGCGGGCCCAUCAACAUGGCGAGACGCAGGAGCCCAUAACUACGACCAUGAAUGUCAAUCGCCAGAUCGCGGAAGCGGUGCGCUUCCUGCACGCCCAGGGACGUAUGGGUGAGCGCAUUGGCUCGGAGAUGGAGACGGUGUCCGGCGCGUCUCUCGGGAAUCGGGCCCCGAAGUACUGCGUCGUGCCCGUUCAAAAGGGAUGGGCCGACCCGGUGGAACGCCCUCCCGCCCGUCUGUCGUGGGACUCGAACUCGAUAGUCCUCGCCGACUUCUCGAGCGCGUUCAUGGCCACCAACCCACCCGCCACAGUCCCUGCUACGAUCUCAACCGCCGCGCCCGAGGUCUUGCUGCCCCAGUCCGGGCAGCUGGGCCUGCAUAGCGAUAUCUGGUCGCUGGCCUGCACGAUCUACUUCGCCCACGCGGGGGAGUACCUCUUCGACGACGAGACACACGACAAGAACACCCCCAUCGGCAUGAUGCAGUUGCAUCUGGGGCCACUGACUGCCGCAUACUGGCCGGCAUACAACGCCCUGAGAAGAGAGGCAGCCAACUUCAGGAGCGGUUGGCCAGCGACGACGCCUAGGAGUCUCGCACUCCAGGACAACAACGCGCUGAGGGCCGAUUCCAUGGCGACGGCCCACCCGGGUACCCAAACUAGCCAAGACAUGAUAGCGGCGGAGCUGGGACCGCCCGAGGACAUCGUCAACCUCUUGCGAGGGAUUUUGCAAUAUGACCCGAAUAACCGCCUUGCCAUCGACCAGGUCUGCGGUCACCCGUGGGUCGCUGCACCUGCUGCCACCGCUGCACGCGUUGCCAACGCAGUCGCCGGGCUCGUCGCGGCAAUUUGGAGUCUUUCCAACAUCUACACGCUGCCGCUGUCGUGGAUUGUUGCCUUCCUGUUGAUGUGCUAUUUCGAUUUCCCGCGUGGCGUCAUCUUCCCAGGAUACUAUGCAGUCGCAGGACCGGGUGGUUCACCGUCCUGA